AUGACGGAGACACUUCUCUUUACAGGUAUCGACAAGGUUCAGCGCGCCUUGGUGCAUUUUUUUUUUUUAGCCACAGCGGGACCCACCGCUGAUACGUUUGACGCUGCAGCGGUGCAUUCAGGGGAGGAUGCCGUCUCCUUUGCAACUUCCGAGCGGUGCGGCACACAGCGCCCCGCUGCCACACCUGACUGCUGCUGCGGGGCCAGAAGAACCGAAAUCGAAGCAUUUUUUUUGUUGUUUAGUAUUGCACAUAUCUGGGGGACUGUGCAGACAUCUGGCAAUCAAACACCUUGCCCAACAACAAACGAAAAGCACCAAAAAAAAACCUCACUUUCCUUGUGCUGGCGGCUCAUGUGGGGCGUGUGUGGGCGGUGCGCGUGGCGUCGCGCUGUAUGUGCGAAGUGCUGCUCAGCAUUCCGGUGCGCCGCCCAACCUACCGCCUACCGCGUGGCAUUCUGA